CCCUUUUGUUAACGUUAAACUACAUUAUGCCAUGAUUUUGAAGGCGAGUGCCCGAUAUGGUAGUGCUUUCCGUGUUUUAUUUAAAGCUGCAUCUCCUCUCCUCAACCAUGUUCAGAAUACUAUCAUCCGGAAAUGUAGGGAUGCUUCAAACUCUCAGCCAGCUACUAUACUGCGAUAAAGCCGGCUUUAGGUCACUACUACUGAUAUUAAUUAUGAUCAUAAUGACGAUCAUGAAAUAAAAGCAGUCACACCUUGCACGUGGGCAUCAGCAAGGCAUGUAUCCACAAAGCACUGUACAGCACAGUACACUGUGUACUGUACAAAGUGUGCUACAGUACAAAGUGCAUCUUGGUUUGAGUAUUUAAUGUAUAGUUUGAUAUGUUUCAUAAUGUAAUGCAAUGUUAUAUGGGCAUUUAAUGUAGUAUAAACCUGUAACAGGACCAUAAAGCAAAUUUUUUUAUUAUUAAAAUAGCUCACUGCAUGUGUUACAAAGUGGGCUCUAGUGCUUAACAUGAUGUUUACAUACUAUACACCAAGUCAAAUUUCAUAAACAAGACUUUAAAUGCCAUGGUCAAAUGAUCAGACAUAAUUAUUCUUUUUUCCCAAAUAAUAAUAAAUGACUAAAAUCUUUCAGCCACCUUCUUAACACCCAGCAGCCAGAUAGUCAGCAGUGUGCUGAAACAUUAAAGCUGUAACAUUGCGUCAAACCAAACUACAUGUAGCAGUGCAUAUCAACAGUCAAAAUGCAAAUUACACAACACAUGCAAAUUUUGCAGACAUACAUAGCACAUAGCUCAUGUCACCUUUGGGAACAGCCAUAGUAGUGUGCCCACAUGAGUCACUACAGACAAAAUCCACACACAGCGCUCAAAUUUGACAAUAUAGGAAAUUGAGAUGCCGAUACAAUCAUAAAACACACUUGUCACAAAGUAUACUAAAACAGGCAACAUGUCCUGAAACCUCUCAAAUACAGGGAUGAUCUCUUCUCCUGCCCACACUGUUUCAGGCUGCUUCUUUUUGAGAGGGCUACGGGCACUUUACACUCUCUGCACCUGAGAGUAAUGUACUUGACAAAUGGCUCAUAUAGUCCAAUUCACAUUAGGUUUUUUACAGAGGGAGUGGAGCACUAGCCUGGUCCUUAUAGGUGGAUUGAUGGCUCACAAUCAAGCAUGAAAUAAGCCCAGUCGACUAAUGAUGCAAUGUGAGAAUUAGCUGAUAUAUGGCUUAUAGUGGAUGAUUAAAAGAGGAUGAUUAAAGGGUAAAUAUUGGAGGGUGAUGUUUUUGCAAGAUGAGCUUGAUUUACUAAUUAAAUCACUAACUAGAUUUUGUUUUGAGUUGUUGUUAUGAAUUUAUAUCCAAGAUAAAUGCUUUAAUAUUAACUUAGUUGUAUCUUGUCUGUUUGAGAUGUUGCUACAGAAGUUGCAGAUGACUUUUGAACCUCAGUUAUCUUAGGUGAUUUAAACUGUAUGAGGAUUCAGACUGAAUUUGGGGACAAAAGCUAACAUGACCACUGGUGAUUGGCGGGUACGAGCGUUGCGCGUCCUGGAUGUGUCUUGCUCUCGUAGCCAGUUCAUCCAUUCACAUGUAAAUGAACCGUCAUAUAUACCUAGUCCAUGCCCCCUCGGAGCAGCACUAAGGAGCCCAGCCUCUCUGUGAGCUUUGUCGGCCGCUGGGAUCACCCGGCCAUCUGUCCCAUUGACGAGCUGUAACGGCUCUUUGGAUUUUACACGCCAACCUCCAGUCCACUGGCUUUCUGGCAGCGCCUGGGUUAAACUUUACCAACAUGGCCCCCAUCCGUAACAACACAAACGGCACGGACAGAGGUGAUAACUGCAGUGGAAUUCAGUCUGACAGAAAGAUGAGGAAACCUCUGGUCGAGAAGAAACGAAGGGCUCGCAUCAAUGAAAGUUUACAAGAACUCAGAGUUCUCAUGGCGGAUGCAGACUUACAAUCAAAGAUGGAGAAUGCUGAAGUGCUGGAGAUGACAGUGAAACGGGUGGAGAGCAUCCUACAAAACCGGGCUCAAGAAGUGGACGCCGUGAACCGGGAGGCCUGUGAGCGGUUCGCCGCGGGCUACAUCCAGUGUAUGCACGACGUGCACACGUUUGUGUCCAGCUGCCCCGGGAUCGACCCAACGGUGGCUGCGGAGCUGCUGAACCACCUCCUGGAGAGCAUGCCCCUGAACGACGAGGACCGGCUUCGGGUGAUGCUCCCGGACACGGAGGCAGAGGAGUGCCCCGGCAGCAACAGCACUUGGCCCGUGUCUGAGAGCAUGUACACGGCCCUGGUGUCCCCGGCCCCGUCCUCCACCACCUCCACCUCCACCGAUGACCUCUGCUCUGACCUGGAUGAGACGGACUCAGAGCAAAGUCAUGUCUCCUCCUCAGAGGAGGCUGACAGCCAGGAUGUGUUGAGCUUGCCUUCCUUGACUUACUCCAAGUCAAUGUGGAGGCCUUGGUAGAUUAAAUAAAAGAAUAGCAUGUUUUAAACCACAGUAGAUGAUUUAAUGCUUUGUGUUAGGCUGCUUGUGGGGUAGGCCUCAGUACAGGGCAACAACACUGCUGAAAUAACUUGUUGGAAGGCAUCUGAGAAGCUCUUUGUGUAAUUAUUGGGGAACUAAAAUGUAUUUAAUAAAUAAAGUAUGUAAUUAAAUCUGUGUUGCAGAGGACAUAGACUCAUAGGGUCUUCAUUUGGAUGUGUAUUGGCCUGCCUUCAGUGAAGGGGUAAAUGCAUAUGUAAAUAUUUACUUGUUGAAUAUGACUGAGCUGUAUAGACCAUAGCUGUCCCUAGAGAUGCAUUGUUAGUCGUAUGUAAAUUAUUUUGUAUUUAGGAAGUCUUUAACUUUGUAUUUAUAAGUGUCCAUGACUUUUAGUAGGCUACCUCAUCUGAUUUGCCUAAGUUUUAACUUUUCAAUAAAUACCUUUUGACUUUUAAAUUCUGAUUGUGCAGCUUCUUCUUUCUUCAGAGAACGCCACAUUUCACACACCAGGAUCCCACC